CUGUCUGGAAUGUGUGCUCCAUGCAGAUCUUUGCCUUUCUUUCUCGCUGUAGCCCGCUUUAAAGACUCACGCUCUUGGUCUGACAUUUCUGGGAGACCCCUGUUUUGAGGAGAUGCAAAAAUGAAUGGCGCUGGAGUCCUGCUUCGAAGUAACCAGUUUAUCCUCCUACUGCUCUUUCUCCUGCAAAUCCAGAGUCUGGGUCUGGACAUUGACAGUCGCCCUGCUGCGGAAGUCUGUGCCACACACGCCAUUUCUCCCGGACCCAAAGGAGAUGAUGGUGAAAGAGGAGAUCCAGGAGAAGAGGGAAAAGAUGGCAAGGUGGGCCGCAGGGGGCCGAAAGGAAUUAAAGGAGAAUUGGGUGACGUAGGACCCCAGGGCAACAUUGGCAAAUCUGGGCCCAUUGGCAGGAAGGGUGACAAAGGAGAAAAGGGUUUGCUCGGGAUGCCAGGAGCAAAAGGGAAGGCAGGUACCGUCUGUGAUUGCGGAAGAUACCGGAAAGUGGUUGGGCAACUGGAUAUUAGUGUUGCCCGGCUGAAGACUUCUAUGAAGUUCGUCAAGAACGUCAUAGCGGGGAUUAGGGAAACUGAAGAGAAGUUCUACUACAUCGUGCAGGAGGAGAAGAACUACAGGGAGUCUCUGACCCACUGCAGGAUUCGGGGCGGAAUGCUGGCCAUGCCCAAAGAUGAAGCUGUCAACACCCUCAUCGCCGACUAUGUGGCCAAGAGUGGCUUCUUCCGCGUGUUCAUUGGGGUGAAUGACCUUGAGAAGGAGGGGCAGUAUGUGUUCACAGACAGCACCCCACUGCAGAACUACAGCAACUGGCAAGAGGGGGAGCCCAGGGACCCCUACGGGCAUGAGGACUGUGUGGAGAUGCUCAGCUCAGGGCGAUGGAAUGACACGGAGUGCCAUCUGACUAUGUACUUCAUCUGCGAGUUUGUCAAGAAGAAAAAGUAACUCCCCUCGUGCCACACACUCGUUAUUUCCCUGUGACUAGCACUGCAGUUAUCCGUAUCCAUCUUUGUCUUCUUAAUUACCCUAAAUUCACUGUGACUCAAGUGAGAAAUGCCACUGGGGGUUUGGUAUCUCCAUAGCAUGCUCUGGGUGCCAUUCAUACCCUAUAAAUGAUGUGUCGCUCACCCAGAGCUCAGCAGGUGCCAUGGGUCCUGAGAAAGAGUUUGAAUUACUAGUUGGCAGGAGGUGUUUGUCUGUGUCUCCCAUGAAAUGCUAUUCGGGAUUUUUAGCACCCCUCCCUAUAGCCUCACCCACUGCAGACCCCGAAUAGCUGCUUGAUGAUGAUGAUAAUGGUGAUGUUGGUGGUAAGUAGGCUUUCUGGCCCUUGCUCAAAUUUGGACACAUAGGAGGCCUUCUGUGAGGGAGAUGAAGCUCUUUCCUACCUUGGAACACCAUGAUUUGACCACUCACCCAAGCAGCAAAGGAUGGAAAGUUCCCAUUGUUUGUAGAGACCUAUAAACAUUUCAGCCCAGUGUCUCUAUAAGAAACUUCAAGCUUAGUGACCUGCUCCAGACCGUGGGAAAUCAUGACAACUCCUUUGUGCCACUGAUCCACAAUCUUCACCAAAGUAAACCAGGCAGGUUCCUUGGGCCUGUUCUGGUGACCCGUGCCUUUAUCCCAGGGUCCUAGCCAUUAAAUCUUUGGUUUCAGGGAAACAGGAUUCUGGAAGUUAAAAUGAAAAACAGGUAGUGUUUGUUUCCAAACAAGAUAAUUUUUACUGCUCUGGCUAAAUUGCCUCCUGCUCUUAACAUGACUCCAUUUGUCUUUAUCAAAUUCGUGUAGACUUUCCUCCCUGUCAAACUUGGAGAGUGAAGAAAGGGUGUUGAGAGGCCUUCAGAAAAUUCUAGAAACUUCAACUUGCUGCCACCAUCAAAGCUCCAAUCCCCUCCUUGUUGUCUCUAAUACCCAUAUCGCUGUUGUGGUAUCCAUCUGUGAGCUUAGGUUACAAAAAACCCACACUGGAGACACACUUUACCCUGCUUUGACAACACAGGACUGUGUCAGGCAUGAACUUUGGAACAUGCAAAGAACUCACAUUUACUAAGUUGGUAAAAAUGUUACCGUGAGAGUCAGAUUCAACCUCAAAGCAGCUUUCACUUGACGUUCAAGGAUAAACAGUUCGGUGCAAUUCUAGAUAAUCCCCUUACAAACUGAUGCUUCAGUUAUGGUUUGUGACAUGUGAUUAGGCUGUUUAGAAUGCUGGCAAAAUGGUUAACGAAAUAAAAGAAACAGAUCAACAACAUAUGCUCCCCCUACACCAUCUGUCCAUGGUUUCACCCAUGACUGACUGGUUAUGAGAUAGGAUUUAGUGAGUUCUGUGGGUUGGGCAGGAGUCACAAUUUCAGAUCCUACCAGAGCCAGAAUGUGACGUAAAUAAAUGAAGUGAAAUGGGCUGGAAGCCAGGCGCUCUGAACAUAGCUUGGGCUUCUGUGGUUGCCCCUGCUCCUCGGUAGCUGCUGAUCCUGCCGUGGAGGAGCCAAUGCUGCUUCAUGGCCAGACACGUCAAGAGAAGUCACAAAGCCUGGAUUUUGUAUCUUCAUAUUUUUAAAUGUUGACAGCUAAUCAUUUUUAACACAGAUUUUAAUUCAUACAAAACUACAAUAGCCAAAAUUAUAAUCAUUCCAUUUCUCUCCUCCGGGGAAAAGCCCUGAUGUUUCUAAACGAGGAGAAUGUCAUAGUAUAUGAUGAUGUCAAUAUCAAGAGAUUUUCUAUUCCCUUCUUACUCAGUUUAGGUGAACAAAAGACUCUUGUCAAAUUCUUAAUAUUUUUCAGGUUAUUAAACUAGUUAAUCUCUUUUGAGAAUGAGGCAAAGAAUGAGGCAAAGAAUCUCUUUUUAAUGGCAGGGCAGCCAAGUAAAAUUACAAAGAAAGACACCACAUUAAAGCCAGUGUCUUUGGAUAGAAUGCCAGCCAAGACCACAAGAAUUAGGAAGGGCUACAGAAAGGUGGAGGAAAGGCAAGGGGUAAGAUAAGCAGGAAGGAACAGGCAGCAGCCCUGCCCAGCAGCGCCUCCCAUCAGGAGCCAGGGGCUGACUUGUUCUAGGCCCCCAGGGGGUGAGUUGUGCCGCAGAUAUUGCCAGUGCUACUAUUUCUCUGAUGCACAUGAUAGCAGAGCAGUGACUGCACGGCUCAUCUUCACAGCAGAUGCAUCCGGGGAAUGAUGACAGAGCCUCAAAAUCUAGGAUUCAGCCCACAAACUUGCCUGGAAGCCACUGCAAAGUCCUCACGCAUUGAAUUAGAAUUAUUACAAAAACUUAUAUUGAUGGAACACUUCGUGCUUUUGUGAAAUGUCUUUGUGUAUCGUUGCUUGUUUGAUUCUGAUAAAGUCCUGAAGUAAAAGGGCAAACAUUGUACUGCUAAUUCCCCAGUGAGAACACUAAGACCCACAGAAGCAAAGUCACAUAACAAAGCCAGCUCCCCUGAGAGUCUUGAAACUGCCACCCCAUGGUCUUGGCUCCAGUCUCUGCCCACUGCUCUGGGAUGGAGGGGAAGUGCAUCCGCAGAGCCCCAGGUGGCACGGGCUCAGGUCAGCUGUCCCCAUUGUCUUCCCAAGUGGUGGGUGAGCCUCACAGAGACACGGGGAUGCAGAAACUCCCAUGCUCACAUUCACCAACUUAUUUUUGCUUCACAGAUAUCUACGUGAGGCGGCAGCGCUGCGGAGGUGCCGAGUGCAGCCCCAGUGCAAUUUUGCAGGCAACUCUAGAAAGAGGGCCCGGAUCAGACAUGUGAAAGUCAAGAUUUGACCAAAAUGAAAUUGAUUGUGUCAUUAUUUCCCCAUUCAAGAUUUCACUAGAGAAAUGACUUAAGUAGUUAGCAUUUAAAAUCAGUUUUGUUCUCUAAGAUUUGAAUUUAUGCUAAAAUUUGCAGGGACAUUUCUGGAUACCUCACAAGCACUACAUAAAGCAAUAAAAGAAGACAGUAAAAAAAA